AUGGUUCCACGCACUGGUCUUCAAAGAAACAGUGGAUCUGAAAGUGGAGUUCUGGCUAGUACCCUGGACGUCCUGUGGGGAGACUACACAUUCACAGCAGACACAACCGACGGAGUCCGCAGAGUCUGUCUGAAGCCCGGCCAGACCUUUCAUUUAGUCCAUGUUCCCAACCCCUCAAUCUGGAUCGUGAAUUAUCUCCCGCCAGUCAGGAAUCGCCCAGGGCCAAGUGGAACUGGCGAAACUCGUAAUCGGCCCAGUGGUACUUCUGGGAUAAUCCGACAUCACACGCGGGUUUUCAUCGGGGCCUGCAGGUUCUCGAGCUGGGGCACCCAGAUUCGCUGUGCUGUUACACAUCUAUUGGUGGAUGGGCAGUAUUGGCUGCCUGAGAAUGGAGUCACUGGGAUUCUCCCUCCAGCGCUCUUGCACCCUAGGGAUUUUGGUCAAAUUGGUGGACGUAUUACUUACUUUAAGCGUACUAGUGGGCAUGCAUUGGUUCUCGUUCACACGUCAGGCAUCUUCUAUUCCUUCGGUGACGCAUUUAUAUCACCAUCGCUCGAUCCCACGCACGGUCUUUUCCUUUGGUCUUGCGGUAUGAUCAUCAUCUUAGCUUUGCAUGUCCUCGCACCUGUUAAGAGGUCUGAGUACGAGAAGUUUCGCAAGACUCAACAACAGUGGGCUUAUAUGAUGCAAGAAUGCGCAGUCACCGUGAGCUCGGGAGGAGGUUCCCGGAUAAUGGUUUUCAUUCUGACUACAUGUCAUAACCAUCGCUGUGGCGCACUCUCGGUGCCAUUGUGUUAUGCCUCCGGUGCACGAGGCGGCUGUAAGCCCCUUGGCGCAAAGCAGCAUGGUCGUAUCAAUGACGAUUGGUUUGGUACUCAAGCUUAUUUACUGUACUCCAUGGACAGGGCCACUGGAGCUGAGGUGGAUAUUCCAGCCGCGGUACCUCUAUACUAUCCAACCAUGUGCACAUGGCUGGGUGUCACUCAGCUGAGAGCAGGUGGGAAUCCUCUGUAUGAUUGCCUGUAG